CUGAUGAGCAACAUCCACGCUCCGGGCUCAGGGAUACUGCCCAGCUGCUUCAAGCCGGCCGGCUGCGUUCAGCUGUCAGCUUUGAAGGUUUUGGCUUUGCCCUUGGCCGCACCAGUGUGUUUUGAACGGCUGGAUUUUCUGCAGCACAUCAUUCCCACCUUCCCAGAAGGGCUUCUAAUUGCCAUGAAGGACUUCAGCCAAUGCUGCAUAUUUAUCCUCACCCUUAGGAUUUCAAAUACUUCUAAUGGACUCAUAACCAUGGGACAGUGAUGGCACAGGCACAGCAGGAUUUUAACAGCGGGAAGAUGCUGAUGGACCAAAAUGAAACUUGGCUCUCUAAUUUCUCCUCUGCUGCCUCCUCCUUUGUGAGGGGAGGGAUUGGGCUCCAGGAGGUGGUCAUUGGGCUGAUCCUCACCCUCAUCGACCUGAUCACCCUCCUGGGAAAUACCGUGGUCUUCAUCUGCCCUGUGGUGGAGAAGAGGCUGCGCACUGUCACCUACAUGUUCAUCAUGUCCUUAGCCACGGCAGACUUCCUUGUGGCCUGCCUGGUCAUGCCCUUCAGUAUCAUUUAUGAAGUAACAGGGAUGUGGCUGUUUGGGAAGCUUUUCUGCAAAGUCUGGAUCUCCUUUGAUGUCAUGUUCUGCACUGCAUCCAUUGUCACACUGUGCUUCAUCAGCCUGGACAGAUACUGCUCCGUGGUGACCCCCUACCACUACUCCAGAAGGAUGUCCCGUGGCAGGUGCAUUGUGAUGACCUGCACGGUCUGGGUGUAUUCCUCCCUCAUUUCCUUCCUUCCUGUCAUGCAAGGCUGGAACGAGAUCCCCGGGGUGGACUUUGAUGCGGGCAGGGAAUGCAUCUUUGUCACCAACUGGAUUUUUGCCAUCGUGGCUUCUGCCCUGGCGUUUUUCGUUCCCUUCAUGGUGAUGUGCAGCAUGUACUUCUUCAUCUACCGAGCUUCGCGGCUCAAGGCCACCCGUAUCAUGUCCCAGACCCUGGAGAUUCACUACCACCCCAACAGCAAGCGGCAGAACCACCUGCAGCUGGAGAACAAGGCCACGAGGACCAUCAGCAUCAUCAUCUCAGUCUUCGUGCUCUGCUGGCUGCCCUACUUCGUCCUGAACGUCUGGCUCGCUGCCAGGGGCACCGACUCCACCAGCACGGUCCUGGUCGACGCCUUCAAGAUCAUCACCUGGUUGGGAUACUGCAACUCCACCAUCAACCCGAUGCUCUACGCCUUCCUGAACAGGGACUUCCAGCGGGCCCUGAAGAAGCUGCUCGUUUGCAGGCACAGGUCCCAGGUGGACAUCGGAGAAGACAUGGUUUCCAUAGCCACCUUCUCCAAGACUGCUCCAGACCUGGAAUACAGCACCAUGGUGCCAGUGCCCAACGGUGCCCUGAAAGGCAAACCCAAGUCGUAGGGAUUGAGGGUCAGUCGCUGGAGGUGGUGAUACAGGAAGUGCCAGAGCACAUCCCAAUGGAAAAGUAACAGGCAGGAAAAUAGGGGAAGGAGGGACUGGAAUAUUGCAGCUGGGGACAUACAACAAAGAUGCGUUUCUUCACCUUCCACAGUUCUCAGAACGAGGACCUUUGAUCUUUUAAGGACAAUUUGUGAUACUGAUGGAGUUAAUUCCUUCCUGGAUAUCUUUUUUCUUUUCUUUUUUUUUUUUUUAAAUGAGCAUUUCCCAAGACAAAAUCAACCAUAAUGUUGGGGGAAAAAAAUACCAGUAUCAUAAUGUGAAUUUAUCUUCCUGUGCAUCCUGGUGAUCUGUGUCAGGUGGGGCAGUGUUUCUUAUCAAGCCACUGUAGCUCUCAUUUCACAACUUUAUUACAGACUUGACCAGUUUCAGCAACUCCACCUGUAUCAGUCUGGGUGGGGGAAUUAGGAAGGAUGUGGCCAAAGAGCAGAGCUCAGUUCUUACCGAGGCACCAGUCUGCAGCCUGGGCUGUUGCUCAGGGUUCAGCUCGCUUGCUUCUGAGACACUGAGAGGUUUAGAGCUCUGUAGGGCUUUCUGUGAAUUAUCUGUGAGUUAAUUCUGGAAGGAAACAUCCUGUGUGGCAGAGCCCAGGAGAUGAGCAAGACUCGUAAUACCAAGAGCACUGAGUGCCCAGGAGUUUCAAAGGCUGACACCCCCAAAGAGGGGAUGUGAAGAGGAAUCAUUACUUGCCUUUGUGUUUUGCACUGUGAUGUCUAUGGAACACACAGACAUAAAAAAAAUCACGAUAAAGGGGAACCACUGUUUUUACUAUUUCCAAGUGCUUGUCUGGACUUCCAACAGCUUUUCUGUAGCAGGGUGACACGAGGGCUGGUGACACCUGAGAC